GAAGGUUCAGUGUGUGUACGUCGUUUUGUGUGCGAUGAUGGCGUUUUCAAUACACGAUUGAAAAACAAUUUUUUUUCUGUUGAACCUCUGAAUGGAAAAGUGUUGAUAUUUUGUGAGAAACAACAUUGCAAGCAGAAAAGUACGAAAAAAUUCUACCGAAUCAAAAGGAUCGUUUAAAAGUGGCAUUAGAAAAAUUAAUAAAAUAUACUGGGCACUGCGCAUUCAAGUGAAACAAAUUUUUAAAAGAAGGAGAAAAAACAGCGAACAAGCGAGCAAGAGGAAGAGAGAAAAACAAAACAGAAUUGAAAUAGAAAAAACCAGAAUGUUGUUAUGAGUAUGACAAGGAAAUGGAACGAAUUUGUUAGGAAACUCGGGUUCAGCUUGUUGUGUCAAUGCGAAUUUGAAAGUGAAUUAUCAUUGAAAAUGCAUUUCGAAACGAUGGCACAAUUUUGAGAAAGACAGGAGGGAAAAAAAAAACAAUGUAAAACACGACAUAAAAUUUAAGUUUAUAUAACGACAAUUUUGCGGAUGGUUACUUCAAUCUUAUUUUUUUGGCCAAUCAAGUGACUGACUAAUGUUGCUUUUUACACACACGAACAUUAUAAAUUUGAUAGAAUUUUUUUUUUUUUAAUGAAAUUGUCAUCAUAAAUGAUGCAUUUGUAUUAAAAUAUGUACAUGCAUUUGAUUCGCUAAAUUCGUUUUUAGCUCAUACAGUGGACUUGUCCGUUUGUUGUGUACGUGUGCUCUUUAUUUUGAUAAUUUGGUUCGCAGAAUUUUGCAUAAACAUUUAAUUUCUGUGCCAAAAUCAUCGCUGUUAUUGUUUAUAUGUGUGCGCGCGGCAGAGAAAGAGAGAAUGAGUAAGAAUACUGUAUCGAUUCGACCGACCAGCAUUUUGACAAAUUGUUUAUGUGACGAAAAAAAGGUGUUGAACUAGUAGUGAUGCAUACACGCACACAGGAUGUAUCGCAAUGAACUAUCAAAUCAAAAACAUACAUUAUUCUCGACACUAUGUGACAGUAGCACCCUCAAUUCAGCUCUCAAUCAAUGGAACGAUAGUGACAAUAUCUGACAUGUGAAUCACACUUGAAAGUUCCUGUUUGAGUCAAAGUCACCUGAAUGCAUAAAAAAAAAAACUCUGUUUAAUUCACAAUUUAUCUCACUUUAUGCUUCGAAGUGAUCAACGAGAUAUCAACAUGGAUAUCCAAUUUCCAUUAAUUUGCGUUGAUAGUAAAACAUAAUUACAAACUCCAAUAAAAUGUUUCGCAAAAAAAGCAACAAUAAAUGAAUAUUUACAUGCACCGUAAUUUCGAGCACUUUGUUGGAAUGAUGUGGUGGAUCAACGCAGCAACAAAGUGAAAACAGUGUGCAAAUUGUGAAGUUUCAGUGAAGCCAAAACGAGGAAAGUUUGUUUUGUUUAUGUUUUGGUUUGUGUUUAUUUUUUCUUGUGCUGAUAUUUGAAGAAAAAAAAUCAAAUCGAAAUCAAAUCCCAUUUCGUUUCGUUUAAACAAGAAGAGAAGAAAAAAAAAAAAUGAAAUAAUUUUCACUGAACAAACGAAACAACAAAUUGAAGCAAAGAAGUAAGCAACAACAAAAUAUUAUACCACCAGCAACAAAAAGAAAUAAUAACAUAGUUAAUAAUAAUCAAAUCGUCAAUAACAAAAGCACAAAAAAAAAAAUCAACUCGUGUAACCAGAGAAGAGCAACAAAUAAGUGCGCAAAAUAUAAAGAAAUAUAAGUAUAAAAUAAAAAUAAUUCAAGUGAAAACAUCAAAGGGCUGUGGGUAUUAUAAAUAACGGCAAACUAGCGAAUUUUCUUCGAUUACGUGAAACAACAGCCAAAAACCAAACACAUAUACACACACACACAGGCAUAUACAUACAAAACAUAAUUGAAAAUAAAACAUCGCCUAUCGAAAGGAAAAAUGCCUGGCCUAAUCGGAAUCAGUGAGUUCGUCGACGAGGCGAUCGACGACUAUAAUUCACCGACCACAUCCACAUUUGUUUCAAAAAUGCCACAAUGCCGUCAAACGAUAUCAGGAUUAGAAGACGCGCUGGAAUUCGAUCGAGAAGGGCUGACAAAAUUGAAGAAAGCAGUUAAAGCCAUAUACAAUUCAGGAAAUACUCAUGUAGACAACGAGAUGUGCUUGGUGCGGUCGUUAGAACGGCUUGGAAGUGCAGCGUUAUCAAAAGAAGAGCCGGAUAUUGGUGCUGCUUUUCUUAAGUUUUCCGUUGUCACCAAAGAAUUGAGUGCAUUAAUGAAAACAUUGAUGCAAAAUAUUAGCAAUAUCAUAAUGUUUCCGGUUGAUACGCUGUUAAAGUCGGAACUGCGUGGUGUCAAAGGUGAACUCAAGCGUCCGUUUGAUAAAGCUGCCAAAGAUUAUGAGUCCAAGUAUAUGAAAAUUGAAAAGGAGAAAAAAUCGCAAGCUAAAGAAGUUGGCAUGAUACGCAGCGAAGUGAAUCCAGCGGAAAUUGCCGAUGAAAUGGAAAAAGAACGGAAACUUUUUCAGUUGCAGAUGUGUGAGUAUUUAAUCAAAUAUAAUGACAUUAAAACUAAAAAAGGUAUUGAGCUGCUGCAGCAUCUCGUUGAAUUCUACCAUGCACAAAAUAACUAUUUUAAAGACGGUUUGAAAACAAUAGCACACUUUGGUACUUAUAUCCAUGAUUUAAGCGCAAAGUUACAAAAUAUCAAACAAAAGCAGGACGACGAACGGCGAAAACUAUGCGAACUACGAACGUUGCUGCGAAGUGCACCGGAUUUCGAUCGAGUUGAGAAUUUAUCAACGGAAAAGGGCACCGGAUAUUCAUUGCAUCAGCUGCAGGGUGAUAAAAAUCACGGCAUCACAAAAUCAGGACACUUGCUGAAGAAGAGCGAGGGUAAAGUGAGACGGGUAUGGCAAAAGCGACGAUGUCGUGUUACUGCUGAUGGAUUCCUAGAUAUUUAUCAUGCCGACGAAUCAAAAGCACCGACUCGAGUUAAUCUUCUAACGUGCCAAAUAAAACCAGUUGCCGAUGAUAAGCGAAGCUUUGAUCUGAUAAGCUACAAUCGUCCAUAUCACUUUCAAGCGGAAGAUGAAUUGGAUCAAAAAUCAUGGAUAGCCGUAUUGAUAAAUUGUAAGGAGAAAGCAUUGACGAAAACGUUCCAGCAUACGAAUCCGCAGAUAUCACCGAGUCUAGUUGAAUUGCAGAAGACACUCAUCAGAUAUGUGGAAAAUUUACCAGGAAACGAUCAGUGUUGUGAUUGUGGUUCAAAGAAUGAUGUCUCAUGGAUUAGUUUAAAUUUUGGCGUUUUGGUGUGUAUUCAGUGUUCGGGUAUCCAUCGGGAUUUGGGUGUGCAUCAUUCGCGUAUACAAAGCCUAACACUAGAUAAUAUCACCACGGCAAAUUUGCUGAUUGCGCGGGCGAUGGGGAAUAGUACGCUGAACGAUGUGAUGGAGGCAACCAUUGGAAAUGUUAAACUUGAUCCCGACAGUUCCAUGGAGGAGCGAUACGAUUUCAUUCGCGCAAAGUAUGUAGCAAAACGUUACGUCAUGCGAACCUGUUCGAAUGAUUGCGAUUUGCGAAACGAACUGGAGCAAUCGAUAUUGAAUGCCGACUUGAGCCAGUUACUUCAAGUGUGGGCUGAAGGAGCUGAUCUAACCGCUGUGUUACCAACAUCUCGGGUCGGGGAGACUGCUCUGCAUCUGGCUGUUCUACGUGAAAUGGGCUCAACGUUGCAUAUCGUUGAUUUUCUGAUUCAAAAUAUGCCGUCGCAAGGUUUGAACAAGGCGACCAAUAUCACAAAUAUGCCUGAUGUGCCGGGCAAAAUGACGGCAUUGCAUUUGUGUGCAUUACACGAUCGACAAGAGUGUAUGAAAUUGUUGCUGCGAUCGGGUGCUGAUUUUGAGCUGAAAAAUGAACAGGGAAAAACGGCAUUGGCCAUAACAAAGGAAAUGGGUUAUGAUGCGUGCCGUGAGCUCAUUGAAUGUGCAAUCCGGAGACAAAAAGGCGCUUUUGAUCACAUCAACACCGAUUGGAAUCUACCACAUGAUGACGGUUCGACCGAUUUCUCGGACGAUGAUACCGUAGUCGAUGAAAAGAAACGAUCACGUCCACCGAGCUACGCGGGCGGUGAAUCACCGGUUGCAAUUCGAUCUCGUUCAUCAACAUGUGAUUCCAUUCAAAGUGGAUCUAGUCCGAAUGCCGUAUCAAAUCAAUUGCAACGCCAAAUGUCGAAUCAAUUGUCGGCCACAUACACUCAAUCCGGUACCAGUCCAAAGCAACAGAAUCUAUUUCCACAGCAAGGCCGUUUGUCGCCCGGCUCAAUGUCAAACAUCACAAAAAAUUAUGCGCAAGCCACGAAUUUAUCAAAUCGCAAAUCGUUGAGCUCAUCGAAAAUGGAAAAGCGCACCGCUCCGAUACCACCCAAUCAAACAAUAUACAGCACACUGCCGCAUGCGCCAAGGCACAGUCAAAGUGUCGAUGCCAAAGAAACUCGUAACAUGAACAAAAAUCAAUGUGACACAUACAGCACAUUGCCGCAUGUGCGCAACUCAGAUGCCAAACAAUCACUUGACUUGCACUUUAGCAACAAAAUUUAUGAGCCGCUACCGUUUGAGGCGGAAAUCGAAACGCCUGAUAAGUAUGACAGACAACAGAAAUACUCAGACAGACAACAGCCGAGUGAGUUUACGACAUUUGGUCACAAGCGAUCGCUCAGUGGAGAAUCGAUCGGUCGAAAUUUGCAUUUGGCUGGUGCUAAACUUGUGCUCCCGUCUAGCUGCGAAAUUCCGAUUCUAAAACCAGUGGACAAGAAUGUGAUAAGACCCAAAUUACCACCACCUGGACCGCCACCGAAUUCAGCGACAACACCAUCAUCAAAUAAUGGAAGAGACAUAAACCAUGGUGAUAUGGACUAUGGCACAGAAUAUAGCGAAAAGAGUUACUACAGCGACAGUGGUGACAUGGAUUACUCAAAUAAUGGUUUCGAGAGUUCUGGCAUAUUGAACGCUUCGUCGAAUUCAAUCAGUAUUGAUUUGUCGCCAGGCAAUACGGUUUCGCGAGACCAUAAUUCUGGCGAUAACUAUGGCUAUUUGCGGAAACGGCGUCGAUGCAGGGCACUAUACGACUGUUCGGCAGACAAUGAGGACGAGCUCGAAUUUAAAGAGAAUGAUAUAAUCGUUGUACUAAACGAACGAACCGACGAUGAAAAUUGGAUGUACGGUGAAAUUGAAGGAACUUCACGCCGUGGCAUGUUCCCUGUUAGUUUUGUUCAAAUGUUGCCCGAAUAAACACUCAGAUAUAUUUAUGUAUAAAACAAAUGAAAACUAAGCAUCUUGAUGAUGGAUUUAGUCGUAUUUCAAGUGGAUGGAAGAAUAAAAAGACCAUAAAAAUACAUGGCUCUGAAUCGAAAAUUCAUUGCGAAAACGAAAAAGAAAACCACAACACAAACCAUGCUAAAUGUUACAAUCAACCAAUUUUAUGUAUUAAUAUGCAUCGCACUAGAUUACUAUUAUGAUUAUGAUUAUUAUCCUUUUUAUGAAAUGCAAUUAUAAAAAGAGAUAGAGAAAAACAUCAACAACAUUUUGGCUUGAGAAUGUGUUGCGAAUGCCGAUGCGAUCAGAACGAUUAUUAACGGUAUUUGCAGCCAUCAUCUUUGGCCUAUAAAUAUCAACAAACAACAAUGUAUAUCUUUUGUACUUUUAUUUUUUUAUUUAUAAAUACUGUUCAUUGAUUAAUUUAUUUAAAACAAGAUGAAAAAAAAAAAUAACACAAAAAAGGAGAAAACAAAUGUGAAUUACGCAAUUGUUAUGAUAUUUUUUCUUUUGAACGUAAACCAAUUUACGAAAGGAACCAAUCCCAUUACAAAAAAAAUUCUCAAUAAAAUAAAGAGCAAACAAGUCGUCAUUUUCUUCUCUACCAAAUGAAAUAUACAACACUGAUUUGAAGAAAGAUAGACAAGAAAAACACAAUCAAAGGAAAUUUAAAGCCAUUUUACUCGAAAUUGUUAUAAGUCUUUAAUGGAUGUAAACAAAAAAGAAAA